AUGGAGAACGUGCCCUUGGCUGCUCCUGAGAGGGCAAGGGGGCCCAGAAGGAGAGUUAAGAGGGUCCAGGGCAGUGCCCCUGCCACUGAGACGUCUCCUGCUGCGAUCGAAUCCGCAGAUGGCAAGGCGGAUUAUCACUGCAAUGCCCUGGCCGUUGUUGAGCCUCCACAGGAGGCGAAGAUGGAGCACCAGAUCGGCACAAAGGAUGGAAUGGAGGAGGAGAACAGUGGUGCACAGAAUGAGGCUCCCAACGAGUUUGAAGCGCAGGAGCUCAUCGAGGGAGACCUAUUCGUCCUCGGUGCUGGCGACAUGGGACAGCUAGGGCUGGGGGAUGGGAUCGACGAGGUGGCCAGGCCCCGCAUUCUCUGCCUGCCACUUCAG